UGGCCUUUUAUCCUGGGAUAUUCACAUAUCCCAUAACGUGUAUACUAACACUGUUUGGUCUUAAUAUGCUAUGUCCUCGUGUCACAGGAGAAACGUCGGUCUUUAUGAAACUCAAUAAAGAAGAAUCGUUUAACGACAAACGUUUUACUAAUGACAUGAUUGGAAGCUACACUCUGGACAACUUGAUGAUGUGUUCAUCACGCUGUACAUCACAGGCCUUGUGUGUGUCUCUGUUCUAUAAUAAAUACACUCGGUUGUGUCAGACACACACCGUCGUUUUCAAGGAUCCCACCUCUUCUUUGGUCAGUGUCAACACCUCUUACUACUACAUCACCGACGGCAACAGCGUCCUCGAACCUAUUAAAGACUGUGAAGACCCUCCAACAGAAGCUGGGGUUUCCUGGGUAACAGGGACUAAUUACCUUGGUAGCAGACGACAGUACAGCUGUGUAGGCGCCCGUUUACCAAGAGUAUCAGAUGUACAAUGUUUGACUACUGGAAAUUGGACUCUGAUGUCCGAUUUUUGUAGAGACCUGGAGAGUUGCGAGGACGUCCAGACGUGUAGCAGUACCAACGCUGAUGCUACCUACCUGUUAUAUCCGCCAGUACUCGGGGGUCAGGGAGUGCAGAUCUACUGCCAUAAUAUGGCUGCCGAUCCCAAAGCCUAUGUAACACUGUUUGAGGAGAACAUGUCCCGUAAUGAUUUCUCCUUAAGAACAUGGACUUUCCCUUGCUCGUUUGUAGACCGGGAUGGUGAUGCCACAGCACAUUUCAACAAAAUCAACGUCAAUCUGGAGGACAUGUCCGUGGACAGAGCCGAUUUCACAUUCGCUGACACGUGCCAGGAGACAUCAGACCGAUCUAUCCCUGGGUUCGGAGAGGCCGCCGCUUGCUCCUUUGAUUACGCCUACAGGGAUUACAGACAGUGUCCUGCUCCCGGUGUCUUCAUCAUCAAUACUGGCGGUACAGGGCUGAAGGUCCGUUCUGACUGUACCUGGUCUGACGGCGGGGGUUAUGGAUCGAGGGUAGAGCCGGUCGUGUGGUCUUCUGACGGGCUGAAAGUACAGACGACUUUUGAUGGUUGGUGCGGUUCGUUCAAACCCGAUACUAUAUAUCUGGAGUAUUCCGCUAUUUCUGAUAUCCGUGGGGCUGCGACUACACCUGUUUGUCCACCUAAUUACAUAUAUAUAUAGAACGAUUAAAUUGGCAAUGAAACUCCGAAAAGAA